AUGAUCUCCGACUGGCAACCACCGAAGAACUACCGAGAGCGUCCUGUUGCCGUUCUUGGAGCAGGUGUUUUGGGACGACGAAUCGCUUGUAUUUGGACAUCCGCGGGCUACAAUGUCCAGGUCCGCGAUCCAAGCCCAGAACAACGGGCGGACUGCGUCGCCUACGUGAAAGAGAACGUAUCCUCGUACGCAGAGCGAACAGGAGCGCAGCCUGGAGGAAUCACCGCACUUGAGGAUUUGGCGCAUGCGGUUAGCAAUGCCUGGCUCGUUAUCGAGGCUGUUCCGGAGAAAAUCCACCUGAAGAUUGAGACAUUCGCGCAACUCGACAAUCUUACGUCAAACGACUGCAUCCUGGCAUCGAACUCGUCUUCGUACAAAUCCUCGGAGAUGCUCGACAGAGUGUCGGACGCCGGCAAGACUCGCAUCCUGAAUAUGCAUUACUACAUGCCUCCGCAGAUCAUGGUGGUGGAGCUGAUGACCGAUGGCUUCACCCAUCCCUCCAUCAUCCAGUUCAUGGCCGAGCGCUCGAAGGAAGCCGCCACGAACCCGUACGUGGCAAGAAAGGAGUCAACGGGCUUCAUCUUCAACCGCCUGUGGGCGGCCGUCAAGCGAGAGGCUCUGACGAUUUUGGCCGAGGACGUUUCAACCCCGAGUGAGAUCGAUUCGAUAUGGACUGAGAUGUUUGUCAAGGGAGGCUCCGUCCCGUGCAAGACCAUGGACAAUGUCGGUCUCGACACCGUGGCUUUCAUCGAGGAGCACUAUAUCGCUGAGCGUGGCCUUUCCGCCGACAAGACCGUCGAAUUUCUCCAAACCAACUACUUGGAUCAAGGGAAACUCGGAACCAAGUGCCCGGCAGGUGGCCUCUAUGCGCCCACUGAAACCACUAGUCAUCAGGCGGACACCAAGAUCCCCAGCCUCCUGGUUCUCGACAUUGGCUUGUCGUCCAAAGAGUCAAGCUUCAAAGCAGGCGAGAUCCUUCAGCUCUCGCCGGACGGACAAGUACAGGCGGUUCUUGCGGCCGGCCAAGCCCUCCCUGAUGGGAUCGCUGUCGACCCCAGCAGUCAGCGCAUCUUCUGGACCAACAUGGGCAUUCCUGGCAAGCGCGAUGGCGCUGUCUUCUCGGCCAACUUGGAUGGAGCAGAUGUCCGAACUGUUGUCGCGCCAGGAACCAUCAACACCCCUAAGCAAUUGACUCUGGACACGACGUCAAAGAAAAUCUACUUCUGUGACCGGGAGGGACUUUGCAUUCUCCGCUGCAACUACGACGGGUCAGCGUUUGAGGUUCUGGUCCAGGCGGGUGACCCUACGAAGACCUCGGAUGCUCAAGACGCGAGGAACUGGUGCGUCGGCAUUACCGUUGCCCCCGACCUGGGCAAGAUGUACUGGACACAAAAGGGCCCGUCGAAAGGUGGGAAAGGGCGGAUUCUGUGCGCAGACAUGCUCACCCCGGAAGGGCAAACGGCGUCCACUCGCGACGACAUCCGGUGUAUCCUGAGCGGCCUCCCGGAACCCAUCGAUCUCGAGAUUGACGAGGAAUCCCGGGUACUUUACUGGACUGACCGGGGCGAACUGCCCUUUGGAAACUCCUUGAAUCGGCUUCGCCUCGAUCGCUUCGGCCUUCCUCUGCCUUACAUGUCCGAUCUGGGCUACGAAGUGCUCAGUAGGAACCUGAACGAGGCCAUUGGUUUGAAGUUGGACCUUCCCAAUAACAGCAUCUAUUUGACCGAUCUGGGCGGUACUCUCUAUCGUUGCGAUCGCGACGGAAAACACAGGGUCAAGUUGCUGUCCGACGAAAACAGGGCCUUGACGGGGCUCGCAUUGGUUUGA